GUUGAUAUGUUGAUAUGUUGAUAUGUUGAUAUAUGAAUGAAUGAGGAACCCGCUCUCUACAGGACACUACGCCAAUAGCCCGUCAUUGUAAAGGGUAUCUGCCGCCAUCCCUUCCUCGCUUUUCACAAGCGCAAUUUCUUUGUCUGCGCGUAGAAAGCCGGAAUUCAUCCUUUGACCUGUCAUUCAUGCUCGAUGCGUAGUUGUUCCUUUAUGCUAUAAUGAUACGAAACACGACGCGUCGAAAUCUAUGAUGCGCCGUCCUUUCAUAGCCAUAUACACUAUUGUUUUCUACAUUCUUUUCACUUUAGCGUGGCCAAAAAUUUUGAUUUUGCCAUGACUUCCAAGGAGGCGUCAACUGGAUCCAUAGGCGACGACGAUGACAUUUCAGUCACUUCAACAGUUGGUAGUGAGCCGCGGUCGGAAUAUGAAGUGGAAGCUAUUCUUGCCCAAAAGAGCUUUGCUAACGGUGAUGCAUAUCUGGUAAAGUGGGCUGGCUACCCGCUGGAGAGAGCAACGUGGGAGCCGGAGGAGUCCUUUUGUGAUCCUAGCACCUUGGUGGAAUGGAGGAAGAAAAUUGCGCCUGGAGAACAUCAGCCUUUAGAUGUGGAUGUGGAAGCUCUGGCACGCAGGAUUGAGGAGAUUGAAAACGCGAAACUCGAUAGACAACGCAGGCGUCGAGCGAAGCGGAUUCGCCUAGGUCUCGCGGUGUCCCCUUCAACUGAGAGUUCCGGUGCCGCUUAUGAUAGCCGGGACAGUGACUCUGACCUGGAUGGCUUUAUUGUCGGCGAUGAUGUUGAUGUGGAGGGAGAGAAUGAAGAGGAGGGUUGGCAGUCAUUGCGAAAGAAACCACGACGCUCGUCCAACAGCAAGACAAAACACGGGGCGGCAAUGGCUGCUCCUCCCUCGCUAUCUCACAGCGACCCAAGCAAGUCUCAGGCUUCUGCUUCAAUACGGCCGCCAUCGGCUGAAUUUACGAACAAAAAGAAUAAAUGCGAUGCCACUUCCGCAGCCAGAGCUCCAGCAACUAACCUUCAAUCCACGCAAUCCACGCAAUCCACCAAACUUAUAUCUCCAACAAAGCAAGUACAGACUCCAAAGAAGCUGCAGAAAGCUUCUGAACGUCACGAGGCGCGGCCAAUUUUAAAAUUAAAAACCUCAUCAUCCACUCACCCUUCGUCCCACUCCUGGCUGUCUCCUGCGCAAGGUCAGGCACCUUCAUGCUCAUCACCUAGAGAAUCUGUAAAUGACCAAUCUCAAGUCCCAGGACCCUUGAUCCCCACUGGGCUAGCGAACAGAAGUGUUUCCAUCCGAGCAACAAAAAAAACGGGCUCAAACCCAACGUUUUUCCGCAAUUUGUCCUCUAAAAACAGGUAUGAGAAAGCCAUGCGGCGGGACUUAACACCAGAUAUCAUGCAACUAGAGUUGAGACCUCCAGGCGAAUGGAUUGCAUCCCAGAACAGUACAACUCAAGUUUCUGAAUCGCCAUCAGACUUUCGAAUCUCUCCCAAUUCAGAAAGCUUGUUCGUUGAGCAAGAUCAGCCCCAUCAUGAGGCUAACAAUCGCCGCCAUUCUCAUGAUAGUCCAACCAGAAUCGAUGUGUCAACUGAGGCGAGAAGUGGCUAUCGAUCUAAUCAGGCUCAACACGCUUCGGGGCAACCAUCACAAAAACUCUCCCAUGAAGGCUCUCUUAAUAGUUAUAACUCGGAAACUAGUAUCAUUCGGUCACCCGCAUUUUCUCCACGCGAAACUAGCCCACUUAGACCAAGCCGUCAUGCCACACCAAGAGGAAUACAAGGAACAGGAGGCCGUUUCCGAUUGUUCCAACCGACAGAAGCGCUUGCCCACCUCCGAUUUGGACCAGAGAGUAAGGAAAUAGGCGAUGUCAGGCUGGGAGGCCUAACAAAAACAUCAAUUUGGCAGUUGGUGCUUCUCAAAUCACAAAACAUGAUUGAUAUACAUUUUAAAGAUGUGUGCAACCUUGACCAAUACAGACAAUUAUGUGAUAGGAGGCAAAACAAAAAAUACUGCAAUGGUUACGUACUUGGUUAUGAUGAUACUUCCACGGCAGUUAAUGAACUAGCAGACUACUUGAGUGACAAUCGGUUGGCUGCUUUAUGGUAUCACCCAAAAGACGACAUACCAACGGUCAUCGUAGCCUACGCUUCAGAUUGCCCAGAUUGGAGUUUUUUGAACGGGUCCGACGCGUAUCCGCCUGCGAGGCUCCGCAUUGCGGUACGGAGUGGUCUUGCUCCUGUUAACAGUCUUCGGCCCGUCUCUGCUAAGGGAACACUCUACCAUGCCGGUGAACACAGCGCAGGCGGGGAGGAAAAUCAUUUUAAUAUGAACCCGCAGCCGAUAGAGUCUAUGGCACAGCAACAUGGAAUCCAAUCUUCACUGUCGAAAAUCUUGUCUGCAGCCAAUGGCCCCAUGGAUAUUGUAUCCAUUUUCCGAGAGCGGUUUGGUAUCACUUAUGAUGAGCUCAGCAUUGUGAAUACCUCCCGGACUGCGCGAUCCUUUUACCUGUAUUUCCCGCGUGAGGUGGAAGAUGAGUUUCAACUGGUCCUACUUUUCUUAAAGCACUAUGAUAUGGUUUCCUUUUCAAAUCGCAUCGAGGGUGACUGGGAAAGGUUUGUCAAGACUGUAACAACUGGCACUGUACUGUUCCAUCAGAAGUUCAUCCAUUAUGAAAACCUACAGAUGCUUUCGAAGCUGUUACGGUCUCACGUGAAUGUGUUUAGUAUCUCCCUUGCUGAACCGAUUAAAUAUCUUGGUUACUAUAGCCACCUCCAAAGGCUUUUCCCACAUGGAGGGAUUAUUCUGAUGACAGAGGACUUUAUGUUGAAGGCGCCAAAAGCCGCUUUAAAGGUUCUCACCUGGUUUGGGGUUUAUGUAGGGAGAAAAUUUCCAGGGACAUGGAAGAUGUUUCUACGGCCAAACGUACAGCGUUGGCUGUCUGAUAUUUGCGUGAGCUGGCCAGACGAUACACUUUGGCAAAUGUACCUUACGAUCAAUAGCCUCAUUCCCGAAUAUCCCGUGGGACACUAUAACACUUACCGGCGCGAGGGUUCUCCGGACUCGUUGGAUGGACUCCGUGAUGAUGAGGGCCAGCACCACCCCUUCAUCUCGACACGCGACAUACCGGAUUACGGCUCACGGCGCGAAGAAGAUUACCCGAAUAUCCCCAAGGGGCUGACGCAAGAAGAGAGAGAUGCUGAUCACCUCAUUGAGUAUUUUGCAGGCUACGCGUUGAUCAAUGCGGACAGAUUUCGGCGGUUUGUGGUACUAACCACGCAGAAACCGCAGCCGCGAUGGCAGGCGUGGACUCAUAUUGAAGUCAUGCAUUACCCAGACUUCAAGCGAAAAUUCAUGACUUCCUCCACGCAGGUUAGCGCCAGUAUUAGUAGUGGUGGCAAGGACCGGGGCCGGGACAGGGACCGGAACCGUGACCGUGACCGCGACAAUAAGGGUGAGAAAGUCUCACCGACAAAAUGUACCUAGAUAUAGUUUCAAUGCAAGAUGGGAUGAGAUGGGUACUAGGCAUUCUUUAUGCUGGGAAGCCUGGUUAUUCAGUAUACGGAUCGGAUUGGGGGGGGAUCCAUGCCUUGGUUCGUGAUUUUGUCCUACCUUCUAUGCUUUUGUUUAAUUUUACUUUUCUCAGGCGACUACCAUAUUUAUGCGAUAUGUGUGCUAGUUACGUGCAUACAUGUACGUGCUGUACAGAGGUGUUGAGUUGCUUGCGCUUAUAGCAAUUUCCACAGCAAGAGAACGAAUGGAACGGUGGGAAAGCACCUAAGUAGCACACACACACGAAUACCUAGGUAGCUUAGUUAUGUAGGUAACUAACUAAUGUUCAUGUUGAAUCAUACUAUACUGGCAUAAGUAAAAACUGCAACCCGUGAGAAAUGAAGAGAAUGGUAUGACGAAAUCGACCCAAAACAUACAAGGCGUAAACCCGUAUCAACACUGCAAGUCGUAAAACAAAAAAUGGAAAAUUGAAAACGGACAGAACGAAAUGUGAAACACAUAAAAAAGGGGAACAA